AUGAUGAGGGAGCUUGGAGGUGGCAAUUACAAGCAUAUAAAGCGGGAAGCUAACGAGGUAGCGCAUAAGAUGGCACACUCUAUGACGAAUUGGGAGGAACGUCAAGUCUGGUUAGAUAGACCUCCAGUGUUUAUUGUUGAUCAAAUAAAACUGGACGAUGUAGCAGCAACCUCUGACUAA